AUUGCACUAUUCAUGUCCAUUGGGGUGCCCAGUUCUCGUGGUAGCAGUAGUUGCGCCGGUGAUUGUGAUCGGGAAUAUAUGCCAACAUGAAGAAUAACUAUUCGUACCUAUUUGCCUUUGAAAAACAAUUUGAUGAGACUAAGUUUUUCAAGUACAUGCUCACACACUGGGCAGACAGCUUUAUAUAUGCAUCCGUUUACAUCAUCCUGGUAUUCGGAGGAAAAUGGUACAUGGAGAAACGCCCAAGUUAUGGUUUGCGACCUUGGCUAGCCAUUUGGAGCAGUAUUUUGGCCGUGUUCAGUAUAUUUGGUGCCGCUAGGACCAUACCAGAACUGAUCAUGGCUGUCAACGAACAUAGUUUGGAGUAUUCAAUAUGUGUACCCUCAUACCUCGAAAAUGCAGCGGCCGUGUGGACAUUCCUAUUCACAGUUUCAAAGGUUUAUGAACUAGGUGAUACCAUGUUUAUCGUUCUUCGAAAGCAGCCCCUUAUAUUUCUACACUGGUACCACCAUGUGACCGUGUUGAUCUAUGCCUGGUACAGUUACCCUGAGAGAACAGCAGUGGGGAGGUGGUUCAUGGUGAUGAACUACACGGUCCACUCCAUCAUGUACUCUUACUAUGCACUAAAAGCCAUGCGGUUCAACCUACCAAAGUGGGUAUCUAUGCUCAUCACAUUUUUACAACUUUUACAAAUGGUCGUAGGAUGUCUGGUUAAUAUAUGGGCAUAUCAGAUUAAAAAUGAAGGAAGAUUUUGCAAUGUUUCAUAUGAGAACAUUAAAUACUCCCUGAUUAUGUAUGCAAGUUAUUUCUGUCUGUUUGCACAUUUCUUCUACUCUGCAUACCUCUCUGGGAAGCCUAGGGCAACGAAACCAGUGAAGAAAGACUAAAAGUGUUCGCCAUUUGUAAUGUGCACAAAAAAUGCAAAUCCUUGCACCAGUGUAAAGAGAUUUACACCUGAAAUCAUUUACUGACUUGAUCAUGAAGUAUAGUUCGGCAACUUUGUAAAACGGAAUUCCAUUGGAAAUGUGUGUUGAUGAAAUACAAGUUCAAUCCAUUGUGUUAAUUUAAAUGAAAAUUUAUGUGUUUGAAAAAUGUAAAGGGUAGUUUUAUGUCAUGUAAUGUUGUUUACAUGUGUGUCAUUUUUAAACAUACAUUUUUUGAUGAAUUUUUAUGUUGAGCUCAUAAAACUCAAAAGUGAAAGUGACAAGUUGUAUACAUAAUAACUCUAGAUAGUAAUUUUGUAUGAUUAGUAUGAUUAAACAUAAGAAACUUUUGCAGGCAAAAUUAAUGUUUAAUCCACUAGACAGUGAAAUGGUUUGAAACUAAGAUUCAAAAGAGAAAUAAAAGCUCUUUUGCCAGACAUUGCAAAUAACUAAGACAUGACCUCAAGCCUUGAGCUUAAGGAAUUUUUCCAGCAGGUUUAAAAGAUCUAAUCUCAUCUCAGAUAGGCCUAAACUAAAAAUAUCAAGGAACAGGUAUCACAUGUGAUAAAGGUGUAACAAAUCACUGUCCUUAUUGUAGUUACAUGUGUACUUGUUGUCAUACUUUAAACUAAAUAUUUAGAGUUCAUUUUAUCUUGGUAUGAUUUUUUCUAUAAGUGAUCUUUUUAAGAUUUAUUUAUUUUCAUAUAGGAGAAACUAAACGCGUUAUUGUUAUGUUUGUAUUUAAUUUUUAUAUAUGUAGCGAAGACUACUUUUAUACCUAAUGUUGAAAAUGAAACACCUUGAAUAAUCAUGUGAUGGAAUAUUUGUGGUUAUUUGUUUUUCCUAUCAUUUGUUCAGUUUAUAGUUCAUCUUAUCAAGGUCUUCUCCUUUGUCGAAAUAGUUUAGUGUUUAAAAAAAAAAUUGUUAGUUGUUCAAGGUGAGAUACUGGACUGUUAAUCAGGGUGACCUACUUUUCAUUGUGAAUUUAUUCCCUGGGUCAAAUUUAGUGCACCUGAGUGAUGUUCAACCUUUUUGAUAGAGGUUAAAUAUGUUGCAGUUGAUGUCAGAUUACAGUCAUGUCCAUUUUAUUUACAAAUUUGUAGAAAUAAUAAUUUAUAUAUAUAUAGACACAACCAUUGUCAGGCAUUCGUUAUUCAGUAUAUGUGGAAGUUAAUCUGCUUAUAACUGUACUAGAUAUUUAUAAAAGAAAGUAUUCAUGAGGAUUUCUUAACUUGAAAGGAAGUACUUUAAAAUUUUAGUUCAGCAUUGUAAUUUUUGUAUCCAAGGGCAUGUUUUCACAUAUUUUUUAUACUGUUGUUUUAUAAUCAGUUUUAUUCAUUUACAGUACAUAUUCAACAAAUUUGUAAUGAAAUGCUGGUAACUUGGUUUUCUGAAAGCUGUACUGUAAUCAUUCUUGGUAUCUACUUGCAGAAUUGAAAUACCAGUAAUUUCAGUACUGUCAUGUCCAUGUGAUAUUUUGUUCUGUUAAUUUUAGAACUUCUUAAAGUUUAUGUACAUGAACUUCAUUAGAGUAGAGAGGAUAUAUUGAUUCUGUGCUGAUAUAAUCUGCUGAGCGAACAUAUUUUAUGUAUUAAGUGUCCCAAUGUUUGUACAUAUAUGAGUGCAAAAAAAGAGAAACAGAUGUACUUUCAAAAGUUGACAUGUAUAUAUGUGAAUAUGAGAUGGUGUGAAGAAAGCACAUGUCCUUUUUGCUAUUUUGCAUGUUGUACAUGUAUGUUCUAAUUUAUUACUUUGAUCACCAUACUGCAGCCGAAAUAGCUGUACCCUCAAAAACCCCUCAUGAAGAUAUUGAUGUCUGGAGAGCACAAUACAAUGUAGUCCUAUUGUGAUCUCUGCAAGCAGUAACCAGCUAUUUUUUAAAUACUGCAUGUACUCAUUGAUAAAGUACAUAUCUAAAUGCAUUAUCAUGUGAUGGUAUUUUAAAAAUUUAGCUUGUGGACAUCAAAAUCUGAUAUUUUGUGGGUUAUAUGCAAUUUUCGGCGAGAAGCACAUGACAUUAUGAUUUGAUAGAAUUGUUCAUGAUUUAUUGACACAAUUAAACCACUUGAUAAUUAGAA